AUGAAACUUAGAUUAAUCAUUGAAAAGUGCAACGUUGAAAUUUCUAAUGUAAAGUUAAAGGAGGGUUACAUUCCUUCUAUUUUUGAGUACACAUGUGCAGGUGAAAUAAAGAGUAUCCAAGAGAAGCCGGCAGAGUUUUUGGAGCCAGCGAUAUGGUUCAAGAUACUUUUAAUGGAUGUCCUGACCAUAGAUUGCAACAUUCGAACUGUUUAUUGGACCCCAGUAACACGUUUUGAUAGUGUUGAUGAAGAUCCUGAUAAAGUAGCCAAUGCAGUUGCUGAUGAUGUCGAUGAAUUGAAUACUGAGUCAGUUGUAUUUGAGGACUUGUAUGAUGAAUCUUUUAAGAUGGAUGAUGAAUGUGUGGACUAUUUCAACUAUCUGGAUGAGGUUUAUGAUGUCCUGCCUUCAAUGCUCAUCAUGUACAGGGAUAAAAAAAUGACAAAAGAGGAAUUUUAUAAAAGCCUUAUCAAAUUAAUACACGUGAAUGUUCUGCCGAAUGUUAGGUUAGGUUUUGAGAACCUAGAUUUGUUGAAGAAAUGUUUCCACACUUACACAAACUACAUGAAGCGGUGGAACAAUCUCAUUGGUAAUAAAACUAGUCAGUUGUCAGAAUUGAAAGCUACGAAAUUUAGAGAGAGAAAAAAGUUUCUUCAACGUAUAAAUUCUACCAAGGAUAUUAAGAUUUACGAUAAAUUAUUAAACUUGCUUGAAGUUGAGUACAAGAAAGAUCUGGAGAGAGCAUCCUAUGAUUUUAAAAAGUUGCAUGAGGAUUAUAUGAGGUCUGUGUGUGAUGCUGUGUGCAAAGACACCACCGCAAAAUUGUCGAAAGCAGUUGAAUCAAGGAAAGAAGAGAUCAUCAGUAUGAAUAAUGUUUUGGACAACAUUAGAAGAUUGAAGAGUAGAUCAAGUUUCUCUAAAAUGUUAUAUCGUCUUAACUCACCUGCAAGAGAUGAUGAGACAAUGCAAAACAUGUACCUUACAAUGAAAGAAGCUGAAGAUAUCUUGCAGAAGAAGAUUUACACAUUCAUGGACAAAAAAUUGAUGCUUCUGACUGUCUAUGAGAAUAUGAGGAAUGUCAUUCAGGAGUUGAUGGAGGGCUACGAAAGUUAUGGAGUUGAUUUCGACAGGAAGAGUCGAAUGAAAUCAAAUAUAUUGGCUGAAACGUCCACCAGUCUUCACUGGAAGUCUCUGCCUGAACUGGUCAACAUCAUCCUCUGUAAUGCGCAACAUGACAUCACUAAGGAUCAUAAUGCAGUAGUCGAAAAGGUGAGACAUAUUUUAAUGGAAACAUUGAAAAAGUUUAACUCCCAAAGCCAGUACAAUUCCAUUGUGCCUAAGUUGAUGAACAAGCAUGCUACAGUGGUUGAAUCAGUGCUGAAGAAAGAAUUGAAUGAAUGCACAAGUGAUGUUGGCAACAGUUGCUGCAACAUUGUCAAACAUAAUAGCAAUGUUGACAACAGAGAUCUGUACCAUAAUAAUAAUAAUAAUAAUGAAUCAAGUUCAGUCAGUUUGAAUAAAUAUAUAUUUUCAGCAACUGCAGAUGAUUCUCUAACGGAUAGUUAUGAAACACUUCAUCUCACAAGAUCACCCAGCUUGAAUAAUUUGUUGCAUUCACUUGACAGAGCCAAGAUUUGUAGAUGCAACUCUGUAACCUCAUCUGGGAAAUUUUCUGAAAUAGGUGAUAGAACAGAAAAGUUUAAGAGAAGCCUCAUGAGUGUGCCUUCAUUCAAAAGUUACCUAGAGGAAGAAUUUGUGAAGAAUGAUGAUUUCAGUUACCUCGUUGAAACCAUCCAGCAAGUAAAACCCAUGAUUGCUGAUCACUUCAAAUCCAUUUGCACUAAACUCACUGUGGAGAUUGACAAAUCUUAUGAUCAUCAAAAUUUCAGAAAAAUUUGGGUGAUAUAUGAAAAUUAUUUUUACGAGAACAUAUUGAGUUUGAUAUUAGAACUGUACAGGGCUCAAUUUGCUUCAAAGACGGAAGUUCUAACAGACUGGAUCUUUAAAAUGACAUUGAACGACCUGGACAUGGCCGACACAAAAACUCUCCAACUCUUGCUUGUUCCUCAGAAUGAUUCAUACGAAGCAUUUUAUUGUCAAAGCAUACUUGCAGGCAGCAACUAUGCUAACGUUUCCAACGUGGCAGAUAGUCCUGCAGGCUCCACUGGUUCUCUCAUCAAUGCAAUUAUCGAUGGCUUGACAACUGAGGAAGAUGUAUUUUACGACGAUCAUCAAGCAGAUAGUUAUGAAAAACAUGUCAAAGCCAACGUGUGCAAGAAACUGAAGAAUGUUGCGACGGCAGUUGAUAAAGUGUUGAAGAUCAAGAUGAAAGCAAAAAUAAGAAAUAAGGACAGUGGUUUUGAAUUAUCUGGACAGAUGAACAAUGAAGAAGUCGACGACGACGACAUUAACGCAGGCCUCACUCAUCAUAAAGUGAAACCGCAAUGGGAGAACCAAUUAUCCAGCACAUCUUUAAAACCGCUGACAUUUGAUAUAGACAAAUACAUUUCAGAAUCCAGUUCUCGAAGCAUAAGAAUGAAACCCAUAGUUAUGAACAGGUUCUUGAAGGCUUACUCACACCUUAAAAUUGCAUUGUCUGCAUCGACACCUCUCGUGAAAACACAUCAUCUCUGCAGAUGCUUGAAAGAGGUGAGCAAUCAGAUGAUCAAACUCUACAGGGAAGUGUACCGCACAGAUCUGAUGGUCUGCAAUGAUGAACUGAUGGAUGGCCUCAUCGUACUGAUCUGCAACCUCGAGAACAAAGAAAUCGUUUCAGACUUGUAUGUUCAGUUGCAGUUGAUGACCGACACGUUGGCCGAUUUGUUUGAAGCUGGUGAGUAUCGUUUCGCGCUCGUCAUGUUCCAAGGAGUCUGUCAGUAUUUGCAAGAUAAGACCAUGAUGAAGAAGAAUAGAUUGAACUCAACAUCUUAG